GCAACCAUUCUUCUUCUCUUUCUGUCAUGCCUCAUGCCUCUCAUUAACACCAACCCUUACUCUCAAUUCUUCUCCUUCUUCUCUCUGUGUUCUCAUCUCUUUCUCUUUAAUCCGGUUCAAGCAGCUGAAGAAGAACGAGCAAGAAUCAAGACUCUGUUCUGUUCUGGACUCUGAUGGGUUCUUGCUUCAGUUCUCCAGUCAAGGCCGAUAACUUUUCCUACAAUGAUAAGAGUAGCUAUCUAUCCGGUCUAAGCAUGUGGAGCCGGACAUCGUCAUCCGUGAGGGCUGCGGCCCGGAAGACAGAAGAGGAGAUACUCGAGUUGACGUCCGUCAAGAGCUUCACCUUCAACGAGCUCAAACUCGCAACCAGAAAUUUCAGACCGGACAGUGUGGUCGGAGAAGGUGGGUUCGGUUCUGUCUUUAAAGGCUGGUUGGAUGAAACCAGUCUCACUCCUACUAAACCAGGAACCGGUUUAGUCAUCGCCGUUAAAAAGCUUAACCAAGAAGGUCUUCAAGGCCACCACGAAUGGCUGACAGAGAUCAAUUACUUGGGAGAAUUGAGUCACCCAAAUCUAGUGAAACUGGUUGGUUAUUGCUUGGAGGAUGACCACCAUCUUCUUGUAUAUGAGUUUAUGCAAAAUGGAAGUCUUGAGAAUCAUCUAUUCAGAAGAGGUUCACAUUUUAAACCACUAACAUGGUCUCUACGGGUCAAGGUUGCACUUGAUGCAGCAAAGGGGCUUGCAUUCCUCCACAGCGACCCUGUCAAAGUGAUAUACCGUGACUUUAAAGCCUCCAACAUUUUGCUUGACGCGGACUACAAUGGGAAACUUUCUGACUUUGGGCUAGCUAGGGACGGUCCAAUGGGUGAUCUAAGCUAUGUUAGUACAAGGGUUAUGGGUACAUAUGGUUAUGCCGCUCCCGAGUAUAUGUCAUCAGGUCACUUAAACUCAAGGAGCGAUGUGUACAGUUUCGGAGUUGUGCUUCUAGAGAUUUUGACGGGUAAAGAAGCUUUGGACUAUAACAGGCCUGCUGAAGAAGAAGAUCUUGUGAAAUGGGCUCGACCUUACCUCACAAGCAAACGCAAGGUUUUCCGAAUCGUGGACCCUCGGCUAGACUCACAGUACUUACCCGAAGAGGCAGUGAGAAUGGCCAGCAUUGCGGUGCUGUGUAUCUCGUUCGAACCAAAGUCACGCCCGACCAUGGACCAAGUGGUCCGUGCCUUGCAACAACUUCAGGACAACUUGGGGAAACCGACUCAAACCGAUACGGUUAAGGAUGGCAAGAGACAUGGUUCUAAAACCAGAGCUAAGUUACCAGAAGUAUAGGUUAUUUUUUCUUUCUUAUUGUGUUUGUAACUAUUGUUGAUUUUUUUUUUUUGUUAAUACAUUUGAAUCUGAUGUAGAGAUGUUCCUCGAUACAAUUUUUAAAAAGUCGUAGGAUGUUGUGUAAA